GGCCAAUCGAGCAGUUAGUUCAACUAUUAAAAAGGUUAAGUUUAUUAAAUGCACGACCCUUACUUAUGGCAAAUAGAAGGACCCCCGCACAAUUAUAUGGCUUGAAAUCGACUAGUUUAUUAUGCUUCUCACGAUACAACUCGACUCUAACUGCUGAACCAAAAAAACCAAAGUAUUCUGAAACUACAAAAAAGAUUGUAUAUGGAUUAGCUAAACUUAUGGGAUAUUAUUCAGUCGAAUCUACAGCUAUUAAAGCGAGUCAUAAUCUUUAUAAUGUUUGUUCAAAACAAUUUGAUUUAAAUAAGGACUUUUAUACCAAAAAAUGUAGUUUGCCAGAUAAUUUUCAAUCAUGGUUUUCAGUAACUCAAUUACAUGUAUGGAUGUUAAUGGUUCAUUUACGUGCAGAAGGACAAGGCAAAUUAUACAUUCAAGAGCUUGUCAAUCGAUUCUUUGAAGAUGCAGAAGAUCGUAUUCGACAACAUGGUAUUACACAACAGAGAGUGAUUAAUAGUUAUAUAAAAGAUUUGUUAGCACAGUUCCAUGGUGGUGUAGUAGCUUAUGACGAAGGAAUGUGUAAGGAUGAUCCAGUCUUGGCAGCUGCUUUAUGGAGGUAAUGAAUAAGAUGAAAGAAGAAAAGAAAAGAAAAGAAAAAAAAAAAAGAAAAAAAAAGAAAGGCUCUAAAGAAUGUAUUCAUUUUCAUAAUUUAGAAAUUUAUUCGCAAUUUCAUCCAACAAUGCAGCUGAUUUAGCACUUGUUGUACAAUACAUUAGACGCGAAUUACAAGCAUUGGAGAAAUAUGGUGGUGAAAA